AUGAGGUGGCUAGCCGAGGUGGACCCAUCACCUCAUGAGGAGCUAGCCGAGGUGGACCCAUCACCUCAAGGGGAGCUAGCCGAGGUGGACCCAUCACCUCAUGAGGAGCUAGCCGAGGUGGACCCAUCACCUCAUGAGGAGCUAGCCGAGGUGGGGCUACCACCCCAAGGGGAGCUAGCCGAGGUGGACCCAUCACCUCAUGAGGAGCUAGCCGAGGUGGACCCAUCACCUCAUGAGGAGCUAGCCGAGGUGGGGCUACCACCCCAAGGGGAGCUAGCCGAGGUGGGGCUACCACCCCAAGGGGAGCUAGCCGAGGUGGGGCUACCACCCCAAGGGGAGCUAGCCGAGGUGGACCCAUCACCUCAUGAGGAGCUAGCCGAGGUGGACCCAUCACCUCAAGGGGAGCUAGCCGAGGUGGACCCAUCACCUCAUGAGGAGCUAGCCGAGGUGGGGCUACCACCCCAAGGGGAGCUAGCCGAGGUGGACCCAUCACCUCAUGAGGAGCUAGCCGAGGUGGACCCAUCACCUCAUGAGGAGCUAGCCGAGGUGGGGCUACCACCCCAAGGGGAGCUAGCCGAGGUGGACCCAUCACCUCAUGAGGAGCUAGCCGAGGUGGGGCUACCACCCCAAGGGGAGCUAGCCGAGGUGGACCCAUCACCUCAUGAGGAGCUAGCCGAGGUGGGGCUACCACCCCAAGGGGAGCUAGCCGAGGUGGACCCAUCACCUCAUGAGGAGCUAGCCGAGGUGGGGCUACCACCCCAAGGGGAGCUAGCCGAGGUGGGGCUACCACCCCAAGGGGAGCUAGCCGAGGUGGGGCUACCACCCCAAGGGGAGCUAGCCGAGGUGGACCCAUCACCUCAUGAGGAGCUAGCCGAGGUGGACCCAUCACCUCAAGGGGAGCUAGCCGAGGUGGACCCAUCACCUCAUGAGGAGCUAGCCGAGGUGGACCCAUCACCUCAUGAGGAGCUAGCCGAGGUGGGUCUACCACCCCAAGGGGAGCUAGCCGAGGUGGGGCUACCACCCCAAGGGGAGCUAGCCGAGGUGGACCCAUCACCUCAUGAGGAGCUAGCCGAGGUGGACCCAUCACCUCAAGGGGAGCCAGCCGAGGUGGGGCUACCACCCCAAGGGGAGCUAGCCGAGGUGGACCCAUCACCUCAUGAGGAGCUAGCCGAGGUGGACCCAUCACCUCAAGGGGAGCCAGCCGAGGUGGGGCUACCACCCCAAGAGGAGCUAGCCGAGGUGGACCCAUCACCUCAUGAGGAGCUAGCCGAGGUGGACCCAUCACCUCAAGGGGAGCCAGCCGAGGUGGGCCCAUCACCUCAAGGGGAGCCAGCCGAGGUGGACCCAUCACCUCAUGAGGAGCUAGCCGAGGUGGGGCUACCACCCCAAGGGGAGCUAGCCGAGGUGGACCCAUCACCUCAUGAGGAGCUAGCCGAGGUGGGGCUACCACCCCAAGGGGAGCUAGCCGAGGUGGACCCAUCACCUCAUGAGGAGCUAGCCGAGGUGGGGCUACCACCCCAAGGGGAGCUAGCCGAGGUGGGGCUACCACCCCAAGGGGAGCUAGCCGAGGUGGGGCUACCACCCCAAGGGGAGCUAGCCGAGGUGGACCCAUCACCUCAUGAGGAGCUAGCCGAGGUGGACCCAUCACCUCAAGGGGAGCUAGCCGAGGUGGACCCAUCACCUCAUGAGGAGCUAGCCGAGGUGGACCCAUCACCUCAUGAGGAGCUAGCCGAGGUGGGUCUACCACCCCAAGGGGAGCUAGCCGAGGUGGGGCUACCACCCCAAGGGGAGCUAGCCGAGGUGGACCCAUCACCUCAUGAGGAGCUAGCCGAGGUGGACCCAUCACCUCAAGGGGAGCCAGCCGAGGUGGGGCUACCACCCCAAGGGGAGCUAGCCGAGGUGGACCCAUCACCUCAUGAGGAGCUAGCCGAGGUGGACCCAUCACCUCAAGGGGAGCCAGCCGAGGUGGGGCUACCACCCCAAGAGGAGCUAGCCGAGGUGGACCCAUCACCUCAUGAGGAGCUAGCCGAGGUGGACCCAUCACCUCAAGGGGAGCCAGCCGAGGUGGGCCCAUCACCUCAAGGGGAGCCAGCCGAGGUGGACCCAUCACCUCAUGAGGAGCUAGCCAAGGUGGACCCAUCACCUCAAGGGGAGCCAGCCGAGGUGGGGCUACCACCCCAAGAGGAGCUAGCCGAGGUGGACCCAUCACCUCAAGGGGAGUCAGCCGAGGUGGGCCCAUCACCUCAAGGGGAGCCAGCCGAGGUGGGGCUACCACCCCAAGAGGAGCUAGCCGAGGUGGGCCCAUCACCUCAAGAGGAGCUAGCCGAGGUGGGCCCAUCACCUCAAGGGGAGCCAGCCGAGGUGGGGCCAUCACCUCAAGGGGAGCCAGCCGAGGUGGGCCCAUCACCUCAAGGGGAGCUAGCCGAGGUGGGCCCAUCACCUCAAGGGGAGCCAGCCGAGGUGGACCCAUCACCUCAAGGGGAGCCAGCCGAGGUGGGCCCAUCACCUCAAGGGGAGCCAGCCGAGGUGGACCCAUCACCUCAAGGGGAGUCAGCCGAGGUGGACCCAUCACCUCAAGGGGAGCUAGCCGAGGUGGACCCAUCACCUCAAGGGGAGCCAGCCGAGGUGGGGCUACCACCCCAAGAGGAGCUAGCCGAGGUGGACCCAUCACCUCAUGAGGAGUCCGUCGAGGUGGGUGUGUCGCCUUGGGAAGAGGACCGGGGGGAGGUAGGUGUGUCUCCACUGGCGGCGGCGGGGUCGUCACUCCAAUCGGAGGAUUCCUUGCCCGAUAUCCCCCCUUUCUGUUUUCCCACGCUCAUACACUUAAAGGAGGGCUCUCCUCCUCCAGGAUUCUUACCCCGGGGGAGAGGACGGGGAAUCUUGGGGGCAUGGGAAAGGGGAAAAUUGCCUACAUUCGGGUUUCUCAUUUCCCGUCCGGGACUGUCCACACCUGGUCAGUCCAGGUUUCCACUGGGAGUGGCCUUAACCCGGCCUCCGCCGGGGUUGGGCUUGCCCAGAUCUCCGUCAGGUCUGUGUUCCCCCCGAUCCACCUCACCGGAAUUGACCGAGUCGGUUUCGCCCAAGGAUGCUGGGCUUACGCCCGGACCGGUUAACCUUGGGGCUGUGGGACAUGCACCCGUAAAUUACGGGCGCAUGCUCUGUCAGUACACAUCCCGGGAAUCUUGGGGGCAGCAAAUCCACGUACCCCAAACCUGGCUACCAUUCGGUGGGCGGCAGUGA